AUGGAAUCUCUCGAUACUGUUGCUCAAGCGAGAUGGGAUAUUGAACAAAAUAUUGCCAACCUGGAUGAUCUCUAUAGCGCGUUACUCCAAACGAGACAGGAUAUUGGAGGAAACAUUGGCACCCUGAAGGAACCUCUUCGGCACCUUAGCAACGCCAAGACAACUGGUGACAUACAAAAAUAUCUUCAAGAAUUUUCCAUCGAAUUCCACAAGCUUUUUUUGUUGUUUGAAAAGCUGGCCGGUUUUACAUCUUGCAAGAUGCUAGGCUUCGUCAAGGGGUAG